AUGGAAAUGUAUCAAGAAUUAUACUUGAUAAGAAUCCCAAAGGAACACUUGCCUGCAACUAUUUGCAAUAUACUGGUUGAACCCGGUGAUAAAAUCGAGAAAACUCAAUCGCUACUUAGAUAUGAAUAUGUAAAAAAAACUAAAAAAGAAAAAAUUGCUUCAAUGACGAAAGAACAGAUUCAACUAAAUGUAGACACCCCUUAUGUCGAAGAAUUAAAGAGUCCCACAGAAGGUGAAAUUCAAGAAAUUUUUGUCAAAGAAGGCGAGACUAUAUUCGAUAUAGAUGACAAGGCCGUGAUUGGUGUGAAAGAGCCGUGCGUUCAUUCAAUUCAGAUUCGUGGUCUGUGUGCGUUAUGUGGUAAUGACAUGAUGAAAACAGAUUUUACUGGUGUUGAUUAUUCUCAAAGAGCUACUAUUAGUAUGGCUCAUAACGUUGCUGGAUUAACUGUUAGCCUCAAUGAGGCUGAGAGAUUAGAGAAAGAAACUGCGGAAAGACUAUUGAAAUCGCGGAAGUUAUCUUUAAUAGUUGAUUUAGAUCAAACUCUAAUUCACGCAACCGUAGAUCCAACGGUAGAUGAAUGGAUUAAUGAUGAAAAUAAUAUUAAUAAUCCUACGAUUAAGGACAUUCAUAAAUUUGUUCUAUCUGAUAGUCCAACUGUUUAUUACAUUAAACUAAGACCAGGUCUUAAAGAAUUUUUAAAAAGUAUAUCUGAUUUUUAUGAACCUCACAUAUAUACCAUGGGAACGCGUAAUUAUGCGUCCUCCGUCGCAAAUGUAAUUGAUCCAGACCAAAAAAUAUUCAACGAACGAAUAUUAUCCCGUGAUGAAAGUAGAAACAUAAAUCAGAAAAAUAUACGACGUUUAUUUCCCUGCGAUGACUCCAUGGUCGUUGCAAUUGAUGAUCGAGCUGACGUUUGGGGAAUUGGUGAUAUUAAUGAUACCCGCUUUUUAAAACAGCAGAAACCAACUAAUGUUCCAACUAGUGUCCCAACUGAUGUCCCAACUGAUGUCCCAACUGAUGUCUCAACUGAUGUCCCAACUGAUGUCCCAACUGAUGUCCCAACUGAUGUCUCAACUGAUGUCCCAACUGAUGUCUCAACUGAUGUCCCAACUGAUGUCAUUUCAAAAGAACCAAUAACACCCUCCUCGUUGGAGAGUGAUACUGUUGUUCAAACAGCUCUUUUAGUCGAUUCAGAGCAGGAUAAUAAAAUAUCUCAUAAAGAUGUUAAUGAUUUCCCUAUAUUUAAAGAACUGACUGAUGGCAUCACUGAAACGGAGGGCUCUGUAACGCCAGAAGAGAACAAUGUAAAACCCGAAGAAGUAAAUCCAGAAGAUACUACAACGUCCGAUGAAAAAACUCCUAAAGAACCUUCUAAAGAACCUCUUAAAGAGCCUCUUAAAGAGCCUCUUGAACAGAAAGUUGAAAAUGCUUCAAACGAUAUGUCAACUACCUCAACGCAAAACUCAUUACAAAACAACAAAAGAACGUACGAAGAAAUUUCUGAGAAUUCUGAGAAUUCUGAGGAUUCUGAUGAAAAAACACAUAAAAAACAACAAAUAGAGCACGAUGAAAACAUUACAAAUCAAACCAACGAUUGUCAGUUAAAGUCAAACCAAAUAACCGAAAGCGUAAAACCAGUUCUUGUUGAUAACGAUACAGAAUUGCCCAAUUUAUUAAGGGCAUUGAAAGCGAUUCAUAAACGGUAUUACGAAGAAUAUGAUCGAAUGCAAAAUUAUUUACAAACGAACGGAAAACCAAAGAUGCCAGAUGUAACCGUGCUAGUACCUAGUAUGAAAGCUGAAGUUUUGAAAGGUGUUAAUAUAUUGUUCACGCACGUUAUUCCAACUAGUCAAAAGAAAGAAAGUGCUGAAAUAUGGAUUUUGGCCAAAGAAUUUGGUGCAGAGUGCUCUGAAAAUUGGAAUAGUAAUGUCACCCAUUUGGUGGCAGGUGAUAAGCAGUUCGAAGAGGCAAUAUAUUCAUCGUGCGCAGAGAAUGGCACGUUGGAUGAUUCUAUAAAAAAAUGGGAGAGACAACCCGAACGUGAUUAUUCUUUUGAUACAUCUAUACGAGAAUCGGAAUCAGAGCAAGUGUCUGAAAUAGAAAAACCUCCUGAUUUGAUCGUUGAAACACCGGUUAAUGAAAUUACUGAUGAUGAAGGAUUACUAAGUCCACAGGAACGUCAAGAACAUUUUUUAUCGACUGAUUGGAAGUCUGUCUUAUGUGAAGUCGAGGAUGAAAUUGGUGAUUGGGGGGAUACAACAAGCGCUCUAGACGAAAGUGAAACUGAAAGUGGAACUGAAAGCAACGGACGUAUAAAGCUAAAACGGAUUAGUGAUGAAUUAAAUACUUACGAACAAA